AUGACAACGUCUCAUAGGCCCCAGUUAGAAGCUAGAAGUGGUGCAAAGGCUGCUUCUUAUGUACCAACAUCAACUGAACACGCAAGAUUAUUACCAGGUCAUAAGAAGCUAAAGUAUCGUAAGAGUAAGAAUGAACAAGAACCAGUGAACAAUGAGCAGCUUGAGGUGCAGGAAGGGAAGCAGGCAGAAGAAGAUGCUGCUAGUGAUGAAGAUGAAGACGACGAAGAAGAAGACGACAAUAAUGAGGAGGAAGAGGAUGAAGACGAUCAAGAGGCACUUUUACAGGAGCUGAACAAUAUCAGACAAGAGAGAAUGGUUGAAAGGAUACGAAAUGAGCAGAGACAACAAAGUGAGAUGGAUUUAACACAGAUACCAACGCCUAAAUCCACUAGUGGGUGGCGUAAAACUACUUUUGGGAGAAAUAGAGUUUCCAAAAGAAAACAAGAUGAUAAAGCUCCAGAAUACGUUAACGAUAUGACAAAAACUGCGUACCAUGAGGAAUUUAUUCGUCGAUUUAUUAAAUGA